AAAGAACUUACUUACGACACAUGUUAUUUUUCAAAACGUUAAAAAGUCAGUUUUUUGUUCUUUUACAGCAUCAAACUACCAGUCAACAUGAAUCCCAUGAGCAAUAUCAAAGGGACGCAAAAGAUCAAUGAGCGAGAGUUAGAGCUUGGAUUGACAGGCAGCAAGACAUCCUGGCAUGGUAAAUACAAAGACAGCGCCUGGGUGUUCAUGGGGGGCAUGCCUUAUGAUCUCACUGAGGGUGAUGUGAUAUGCAUCUUUUCACAGUAUGGCGAGGUAGUGAAUAUUAACUUAGUGAGAGAUAAAGGGACAGGAAAGUUCAAAGGAUUUGGUUUCCUGUGCUACCAAGAUCAAAGGAGUACAGUACUUGCUGUGGAUAACUUCAAUGGCACCAAGAUCCUAGGCCGCACUAUCAGAGUUGACCAUGUUGAGAACUACAAGGUCCCAAAGGAACAUGAGAAUGACGAUGAUGUCACUGCUCAGCUAAGGGAUGAAGGAUGUGCCCCACAAUUACCAUCAUCAGAGAGUGAAGAAAUAGAGGAAGAUUAUACUGCUUUCAAACCUAAGAAAGAUAAGAAAGUUAAAAAGAAGAAAAAGAAAGAAAAGAAAUCCAAGAAAGCCAAAAAGAAGAGAAAAGAAAGCAGUGAUUCAGACUCAUCGAAUUCAUCAAUAGAAGAAAUCAGAUCGUCAAAAAAACUAAAAACGCAACACAAAGUUGAUCUCGAUAGACUUAAAACUGAAAAAGAGGAUAAAGCUUAUGAUAAAUAUGCAAUAAAAUAUGAUCGUAACUAUGACAAUAAUUCAAGAAAUCAGCAAAUCCCAAGGAGAAAAAUUAAGAGCGAAAAAAGACGCCAUGAUGAAUCAUCAUCAUCUGAAGAGGAAGUUAUGUCUAAAAGGCGAACUCAUAAUAAAAAUGAAACAAAAUAUAGUGAUAGAGAGUUUAAACCCUCAGGACAAUCCAGAUAUAAAGACAGAGAAACGUAUUCUUCAAGGGACCAAAAUCGAGACACUGAACUAGAAAGACAUAGGGACAGAAAUAAUUAUAAUGCCGAUGAACGUAAAAAUGGGAGAGAAGUUGAUAGGAAUGGUAAAAGGGAAGAGGAAUCGUUUAGGGAAAGAAAAGGGCAUGAAUCUACACGGAAUAAUAGAGAUACAUCAAGGGAUGAUAAAAGUCGAAGACCUAGAGAUGUAGAGGGCAGAUCAAGGGGUACAGAGGGCAGAUAUAGGGAUACUGAGGUCAGAUCAAGGGAUACUGAGGGCAGAUAUAAGGAUACUGAAGGCAGAUCAAGGGAUACUGAGGGCAGAUCAAGGGAUACUGGGGGCAGAUCUAGGGAUACUGAGGGCAGAUCAAGGGAUACUGAGGGCAGAUCAAGGGAUAUUGAGGGCAGAUCAAGGGAUAUUGAGGGCAGAUCAAGGGAUACUGAGGGCAGAUCUAGAGAUACGGAGGGCAGAUCUAGGGAUAGGGAUGAUGAAACAAGGGAUCAUAGAAGGGAAAGGGAUGAUUCAAGGGAAAGAAAACAUAGGAGAUGA